AGCGCGGCGGUCGGGCGGCUGCGGGAAUCCCGGCGCGGGUAGGCCGGCCCCGGGCUGGGGGAGCCCGCGGGAACGGGGCUUAGGCGGCCGUUCGAAACCGGCUCCCCGAAAAUCGCGGCGGGAGCCGGCGGACCGCGGGGAGCCAGGGCCGCGGAGCAGGCCGGGGCCGCUGCCCUGCCGGUCCGUGCUGGUCCCCCGGCGCUGCGCGCUGCUGGGAGCCGUCGCCCUCCGCCCCGCCGGGACGCAGGAGUUCAAGGCAUACAGUGGAGUCUUCCUGGGGAAGAUGUCAUCUUUGACAAUGCAAGCCCGUUGUCUGGACAAAAGGGGAAGCUUCUUCAAGCUCAUUGACACAAUUGCCUCAGAAAUCGGAGAACUGAAACAGGAGAUGGUACAGACAGAUCUCACAGUGGAAGAUGAAGCUGCCCAUUUGCCAAGUCUAGUAAAGGACAUGGAAAAUGUCUCUCCUGAGAAAAAUGAUGUCAAGAGCUGCCCCCGGGACUCUGGAUAUGACAGCCUAUCCAACAAGCUAAGCAUACUGGACAAGCUCCUCCAUACUCACCCUGUGUGGCUACAGCUUGGUCUGAAUGAUGCUGAAGCCAUGGAAAUUCUGCAGGCCCAGCCUCCUGGGAUAUUUCUGGUUAGGAAAUCUGCAAGGCUGCAGAAGAAAGUCAUCUCCCUGCGUCUCCCCAGUGACUGUGGGCCCUGCCUAAAAGAAUUUGCAAUAAAAGAAAGCACAUACACAUUUUCCUUGGAGGGCUCUGGAAUAAGUUUUGCUGAUUUAUUCAGGCUCAUUGCUUUCUACUGUAUUAGCAGGGAUGUCCUUCCAUUCACCCUCAAGUUGCCUCGUGCUAUUGCUGCAGCAAAGUCAGAAGCUGAACUUGAAGAGAUUGCUCAGCUUGGACUGAACUUCUGGAGCUCCUCAGCUAACAGCAACCCCCCAGACCUUUCACCGCCUCAAAGGCCUGUGCCUUUGGACAGUGCUUGCAAAGCCUCCCGUCAUCUCUGCCUUAUAAAUGGAGUGCAUUCUAUACGAACCAGAACGCCCUCGGAGCUGGAGUGCAGCCAGACCAACGGAGCACUGUGUUUCAUUAAUCCUCUCUUCUUAAAAGUACACAGCCAGGACCUCGGUGGAAGUCUGAAAAGGCAGAGCCCGAGAACUCCAGACGUGAAUGGCACAGCAAGGCCUCGCUCCCCCCCGCCCCGGCCACCACCUCCUUCUAUUAAUAGCAUCCUCACGAGUCCACAGCUUUCCAGGACUAUAAAGCAGGCGAGCAUGCCAGAAACAGUCAACCAUAAGAAAGAGAGAGGCUCGGAUUUGCUGCAGAGUAAACCAACCCCUAUCCCUCCUCCCCGCCUGAAGAAGCAGGCGCUUUCCUCAGAGGUGGAAGGUAGCUCCAAGACCACAGCAGGAACUCGACCUGGCUGCGGCUCCGUACCUGCGCCCGAAGCCGCCGGCGUUCCAGGUGAAACCCUGCCCGAGCCAGCUCCGGCAGCUGCCAAAAAGGCGGCAGCCACGAGCUCUGAGUCACACAUAGCGUGGAAUGGAGGCAGGCAGAGACUGAGCGACAUGAGCAUUUCCACCUCCUCCUCCGACUCCCUAGACUUCGAUCGGAGCAUGCCGCUCUUCGGCUAUGAGGGGGACACUAACAGCAGCCUGGAGGAUUUUGAGGGGGAAAGUGACCAAGAGAGCAUGGCACCCCCUUUGAAGUCCAAGAAGAAAAGAAACAGUUCGUUUGUUCUCCCCAAGAUUGUGAAAUCUCAGCUGCGGAAAGUGAGCGGAGUUUUCAGUUCCUUCAUGACCCCCGAAAAGAGGAUGAUAAAGAAAAUUGCAGAGAUGUCCCGGGACAAACGCACUUACUUUGGGUGCCUGGUGCAGGACUAUGUCAGUUUUCUGCAGGAAAACAAGGAGUGCCAUGUUUCAAGCACUGAUAUGCUGCAAACCAUUCGGCAGUUCAUGACUCAAGUCAAGAACUAUUUGUCCCAAAGCUCCGAACUUGAUCCCCCAAUCGAAUCCCUGAUCCCCGAGGACCAGAUAGAUGUUGUCCUGGAGAAGGCCAUGCAUAAGUGCAUUUUGAAGCCAUUGAAGGGCCACAUUGAAGCAAUGUUGAAAGAGUUUCACACUGCAGAUGGUUCUUGGAAACAGCUGAAGGAAAAUCUGCAGUUGGUGAGGCAGAGGAAUCCUCAGGAACUGGGAGUGUUUGUUCCAACACCAGACUUUGUGGACGUUGAAAAGAUUAAAGUCAAGUUCAUGACCAUGCAGAAAAUGUAUUCACCUGAAAAGAAAGUCAUGCUGCUACUGAGAGUUUGCAAACUGAUUUACACUGUCAUGGAGAAUAACUCAGGGAGGCUGUAUGGAGCUGAUGACUUCUUGCCUGUGUUGACAUAUGUACUAGCCCAGUGUGACAUGCUGGAGCUGGAUACUGAGAUUGAAUACAUGAUGGAACUGCUGGAUCCAUCUCUGCUGCACGGAGAAGGAGGCUACUACUUGACGAGCGCUUACGGAGCACUUUCACUGAUCAAGAACUUCCAGGAGGAGCAAGCUGCUCGGCUCCUGAGCUCAGAAACCAGAGACACGCUCCGGCAGUGGCACAAGAGGAGAACAACUAACAGGACAAUACCUUCAGUUGAUGAUUUUCAGAACUACCUUCGUGUUGCAUUCCAGGAGUUUAACAGUGGAUGUACAGGAAAGACCUUACUAGUAAGACCGUACAUCACUACCGAAGAUGUAUGCCAGCUUUGUGCUGAGAAGUUUAAAGUGGACAAUCCAGAAGAGUACAGCCUGUUUCUUUUUGUUGAUGACACCUGGCAGCAACUGACAGAGGACACCUACCCUCAGAAAAUCAAGGCAGAGCUGCACAGCCGCCCACAGCCCCAGGUCUUUCACUUCGUCUACAAGCGCGUUAACAGCGACUCCUACGGUGCCAUCUUCCAAAACAACGAGGACUCAGCUCCUUAAACCCAGCAGCUUGGCACUUCAUUACUGUUCCUUGGUAUCUGUGGAGGAGAUCCUUGCUGGCUGCCUCCCUGAGGAGCUAGACCAGGCCUUAAACCAUAAAUGCCUAAUAAAACACACACACACACCCACAGACACUUGUAGCAUCGCUUGCAAACCAUUCCCGUGGCCAGUUACGUCCCACCAGCGUCUCUUGAGUCAGCAGCCCACGAAGCUGAAUUUCUUGUGCCACAGACUCUUUUGAAGUCACAUUUUAUCCCGUGGCCCUCUGCAGGUUGAUUUCUCUUUUUUUUUGCUGUAGCAUGCAAAAAAAAAAAAGGAGAAAAAAAAGUAUCUAUUUUCUUACACUCAUCCUUUUUUUUUGUUUAGCCAAAUGUCAUCUGUGGAUGCUAGAUGAGCAUCACAGCACAGCUGGCUGGUAUGAGCUCAGCUUCACCAGCUCGACUUCGACAAGACUUGUCCGAUGCAGGGCAUCAGUUUAACUCUUAAUUACUGGAUGAUUGCAUC